GUUGCAGGAGAAUUUGCAGCUUCUUCGAGAUGUGGAGGCGAAAAGUCAAUCUUCUCUCGAUGCCGCGCGGGCAAAGGAGAAGCGCCACGCAGCCGACUUUCUGAAGCUGAAGAAUGCCCUCGAGGGCAAGAUCCGCGCAGUCAAGCAGGAUCUUGAGAGGACGAAGAAGGAGCUGGCUGAUGCAAGGGCUAGGAAGGCCAAAGCCGAGGGCGAGCUGGCAGUGGCAGAACAGGACAUCAAGACUGGCAAGCAGUAUCUGCUGCAGGUGGAGCGUGGUUGCAUGGAAAAGGCUGCGCAGUUUCAGCAGCAGAAGAAGAACCGGCAGGACGAAGUCAAGGCCGUCCAGGCUGCUCUGAAGGCCCUUCGAGGCAUCAUGGACACGUCGGCUGCAAAGCAAGGACUCUUCAGCUUCCUGCAGAUGUCUUCCAGUUCCAGCCGUUCAAAGGCUGCUGGUCAGACCGUGGCAACUUUGGCCUUGAAGAGGGUGCAGCAGUUGGCGGUCAGCCUCAAGUCAACGGUGCUGGACAAGCUGGCCUCCAAAAUGCGAGUGGUGUCGCGCUACGGUGGCGGAGGCGAUGUCUUCGGCAAAAUGCGCAAGCUCAUCCAGGCAUUGUGCUCCAGUGCCAAGCAACUCGAAACAGAUAAUUCCAAGAUUAUGUCCAUCAGCUGCAAAAAAGCCUUCGCUCUAGCUGUAUUUCUCUCCCACACCCACACAUGA